AUGGCCCAGUUCUAUUAUAAGAGAAGCAUCAAUGCCUCUUACAGAGAUCGCAUCCCUCUUCACGUCGUGCGAGCAGAAUCUGAACUCUCCCCUGCUGAGAAAGCCUAUUUGAAUGCUGUAGAAAAAGGAGAUUAUGCCAGUGUGAAGCAAGUCUUGGAAGAAGCAGAACUUUAUUUCAAGAUCAAUAUUAAUUGCAUUGAUCCUCUUGGAAGAACAGCUCUUCUCAUUGCAAUAGAAAAUGAAAACUUGGAGUUCAUAGAGUUGCUCUUGAGCUUUAAUGUCUAUGUUGGAGAUGCUCUGCUACAUGCCAUCAGGAAAGAGGUGGUUGGUGCAGUUGAGCUACUCCUCAAUCACAAGAAGCCCAGCGGGGAAAAACAGGUACCACCCACAUUACUGGAUACACAGUUCUCUGAAUUUACACCAGACAUAACACCCAUUAUCUUGGCUGCCCAUACAAACAAUUAUGAGAUUAUAAAACUUUUAGUCCAGAAAGGUGUGUGUGUUCCCAGACCACAUGAAGUUCGCUGUAACUGUAUGGAAUGUGUCUCCAGUUCAGAUGUGGAUAGCCUUCGUCAUUCCCGAUCCAGACUAAAUAUCUACAAGGCUCUUGCAAGCCCAUCUUUAAUUGCUCUAUCAAGUGAGGACCCAUUUCUUACAGCAUUCCAGUUAAGUUGGGAACUUCAAGAAUUGAGCAAAGUGGAAAAUGAGUUUAAAUCUGAAUAUGAAGAAUUGUCACAACAGUGCAAGCAGUUUGCAAAAGAUCUGUUGGAUCAGACUCGAAGUUCAAGAGAAUUGGAAAUUAUUCUUAAUUACAGAGAUGAUAACAGUCUACUAGAAGAGCAGAGUGAAAAUGAUUUGGCAAGAUUAAAACUGGCAAUUAAAUACCGUCAAAAAGAGUUUGUUGCCCAGCCAAACUGUCAACAGCUACUUGCCUCUCGUUGGUAUGAUGAGUUCCCAGGCUGGAGGAGACGGCACUGGGCUGUGAAGAUGCUGACUUGCAUCAUAGUUGGAUUCCUUUUUCCCGUAUUUUCUGUCUGCUACUUGAUAGCUCCCAAGAGCCGACUGGGACUGUUCAUCAGGAAGCCAUUCAUCAAAUUCAUCUGCCACACUGCCUCCUACUUGACUUUCUUGUUUCUUCUUCUACUUGCCUCUCAGCAUAUUGACAGGUCAGAUCUGAAUAUGCAAGGGCCCCCACCAACCAUCGUUGAAUGGAUGAUCUUACCAUGGGUCUUGGGAUUUAUUUGGGGUGAAAUUAAACAAAUGUGGGAUGGUGGCCUGCAAGAUUACAUUCAUGACUGGUGGAAUCUGAUGGAUUUUGUUAUGAACUCUCUAUACCUGGCAACAAUAUCACUGAAAAUAGUUGCAUUUUCAAAGUACAGUGGGCUGCUUGCAAGACAGAGCUGGGAUAUGUGGCAUCCAACACUGGUUGCAGAGGCCCUGUUUGCUAUUGCAAAUAUUUUUAGUUCUUUGCGUCUAAUAUCAUUAUUCACUGCAAAUUCUCACUUGGGACCACUGCAGAUCUCUCUUGGACGAAUGCUACUGGAUAUUUUAAAAUUUCUGUUCAUCUACUGUCUUGUACUGCUAGCUUUUGCAAAUGGACUUAACCAGCUAUAUUUUUAUUAUGAAACAAAUGAACCUGGUCGCUGCAAAGGAAUACGCUGUGAAAAUCAAAAUAAUGCAUUUUCAACCUUAUUUGAAACCCUCCAGUCACUAUUUUGGUCAGUCUUUGGACUCAUCAAUCUGUAUGUGACCAAUGUUAAAGCUCGACAUGAAUUCACUGAAUUUGUUGGAGCCACUAUGUUUGGCACCUACAACGUCAUCUCACUGGUGGUCCUGCUUAAUAUGUUGAUAGCAAUGAUGAACAAUUCUUACCAGCUUAUUGCUGAUCAUGCAGAUAUCGAAUGGAAAUUUGCUCGUACAAAGCUAUGGAUGAGUUACUUUGAAGAAGGAGGAACUUUGCCUGCGCCUUUCAAUGUCAUACCAAGUCCAAAAUCUCAAUGGUAUUUAUUAAGAUGGCUGUGGAGACGACUAUGUAGGCAAAACAUUAAAACAAAACCUAAAAGCUUUGGAACCAUUGGGGUAAACACAGAGCAUAGACGUGCAGCAGAUAAUUUGAGAAGACAUCAUCACUAUCAGGAGGUGAUGAGGAAUUUGGUUAAGAGAUAUGUAGCAGCAAUGAUAAGAGAUGCUAAAACUGAAGAGGGACUAACAGAAGAGAAUUUUAAGGAAUUAAAGCAAGAUAUUUCCAGUUUUCGCUUUGAAGUAUUGGGUCUUUUAAAAGGAAACAAACUGGGUAAUAUACAACACUCUAAAACUAGCACAGAAGCCUCCUCCUUGACAGAAUCUGAUGAAGGAAGUGAAAGUGGAGGAAAUGAAAAAAUCAUGAAGAAAAACCUCAGCCUUUUCGAAAUAACUACAAUGAUUCACCCAAGAGUAGUAGCAAAAGUCUCUAAAGCACACAACCAAAGCAAUGGGUCAGCAAUGAUGUCAACUGAAUCCAUGAAGGAAAAACAAAAGAAAGUUAACUUUGUAGCUGAGGUAAAAAAGCGUAGGUUGUUUCAUAGACAAUCAAAUAAUGGCUCUAUUGAGCAUAGUACAAAUAAAAUUUAUUCAAUUUCUGAAGAAAUUUCCCAUCAACAAACAGAAGAACAUAAGAGAGUAAUUGAACUGGGAGAUAAAUCAUUGGCUGUGAACUGUGAGCUAAACAAACAGGAUCUCAGCGCAAAGUGCACAGUUCCCAGUAAUGAGCAAGGUAGAAAGGAGACUUUCAACUGUAUGCUGAAUAAGAAAGCUGCUUCCUCUGACUGGAAAACCACCAAGGGGCAGGACUCUGAUUUUCCCAGAGAAAGUGAUUUGCUAAACAAUGAGCAGGACAUCAACAUCAUAAAGGAAGAAACAAAUAUUCAGAGCAGCUAUAUGACAACAAGGUUGUGAUGAAAGUAGGCAGAACCUGUAAAAUUAUGUAUAAAUUGUAAAAUGCUUUGAAACAGAAAUAUUUAAACUUAACUACCAAAUACAGUAUUAGAAUAUUCAAAAACUGUAGGACAAAAUAUUGUAAUAUAAUUCUAUGACGAAAAAUAAACAGAAAAAUCUGCUUUGUAACUCAUUUUUGUUUUUACAAUUACUUUUACAGAUUUUAUUAAGCAGGAGUGUCUGGUAUUCUUGUAUUGUUGCAAUAAAUGCAGAAAGGUUUAUAGAUACCUUCUUCAAUCUGAAUUAAAAAAACAUUUUCUCUGUGAUAGUUGGUGCUUAUAGUAAAUAUUUUUAUAUGCAAAUAAACAUAGCUUAAUAAAGGUGUGAGCCAAUAUGAAUGUGUUUUAAUGUUUCCUAUUGAACCAUUAAAAUGUUUCGUAUCUGUA